UUUUUAGGCAACAACAAAUAUUUAUCCUCGGAGGAAAAUAAAAAAGAUACGCAUGACAUUUUUAAAAAUUUGCGCACGCAUCUGUGAGGUUGCUCAGACUCAGAUUUUCUAUCCUCUCCCCUCUAUAAAUGCGCAUGUCCCGAUUAAUACGCAACUUUGGGAGAUAGAGAGAGGGAAAGGAGGAGAGUUGGAGAGAGAGAGAGAGAGAGAGAGAGAGAGGCGAUGGAUCGGAGGGAGAAGGAGGAUCACGACGUAGAGAUCGAAGGAGUGUUCAUGGAGGGGAGCGAGAGGGAGGUCAUGGACAGGUACGAGUCGGAGAAGGAAGUCAUUUUGGGGAUGAGACAGCCUCUUCUCGUCAAGAACAGGAUGAACAAUACCUCUCAGAUUGCCAUUGUCGGAGCUAAAGUUUUCCCCAUUGAGAGCCUCGAUUACGAGAUUGUUGAGAAUGACCUUUUUAAGCAGGACUGGAGAUCUAGGAAAAAGGUUGAGAUAUUUCAGUAUAUCGUGCUUAAGUGGACCCUUGCCCUUCUCAUUGGGUUAAGUACUGGGCUUGUUGGCUUCUUUAAUAACCUUGCAGUCGAAAAUAUAGCUGGUUUCAAACUUCUGCUCAUUAACAAUCUCAUGCUUGGGCAAAAGUAUAUUCAAGCAUUUGCAGCAUACGCUGGUUGCAACAUGGUUUUAGCAGUUGCUGCUGCUGCCCUCUGCGCUUACAUUGCUCCUGCAGCAGCAGGCUCUGGCAUACCUGAGGUGAAAGCUUAUCUCAAUGGUGUCGAUGCCCAUUCUAUAUUAGCUCCAAGUACCCUCGUAGUAAAGAUUUUUGGUUCGAUUUUUGGAGUUGCUGCUGGAUUUGUUGUUGGUAAGGAAGGGCCCAUGGUCCACACAGGGGCUUGCAUAGCCAACUUACUUGGGCAGGGAGGUUCCCGCAAAUACCAUUUGACUUGGAGAUGGCUCAGAUACUUCAAAAAUGAUAGGGAUCGGCGGGAUUUGAUCACAUGUGGUGCUGCUGCUGGUGUUGCAGCUGCCUUUCGUGCCCCGGUUGGAGGGGUCCUCUUUGCACUUGAAGAAGCAGCUUCAUGGUGGCGGAGUGCUCUUCUCUGGAGAACAUUUUUUACAACUGCUGUCGUGGCAGUGGUUUUAAGAACAUUCAUACAAUUUUGCCGGAGUGGUCAAUGUGGUUUAUUUGGGCAAGGAGGUCUGAUCAUGUUUGAUGUCAAUUCGGCAACAGCCACUUAUGAUACUGCAGAUUUACUGGCUGUUAUAUUUCUUGGAAUUGUUGGAGGCAUUUUCGGAAGCCUUUACAAUUAUCUUGUUGACAAGGUCCUUCGUACUUAUAGCAUUUUAAAUGAGAGAGGUCCUGCAUUUAAAAUUCUGCUUGUCAUGACCAUCUCUCUUCUUACCUCUUGCUGCUCAUAUGGCCUUCCAUGGCUUGCACACUGUGCUCCAUGCCCUGUUGAAUUGAAGGAACGCUGCCCAACCUUAGGCCGCUCUGGUAACUUCAAGAACUUCCAAUGCCCACCAGGCCAUUACAAUGACCUUGCAUCCCUCUUACUCAACACCAACGAUGAUGCUAUCCGCAAUCUAUUGACCUCUCAAACUGAGAAGGAAUUUCACCUCUCUACCCUCGUCAUUUUCUUCGCUGCUAUGUACUGCCUUGGCAUUAUCACUUAUGGCAUUGCAAUCCCAUCUGGGCUCUUCAUCCCUGUUAUACUUGCUGGAGCGUCCUAUGGGCGCCUACUUGGGAAACUCCUUGGUCCUCUCUCUGAUCUUGAUAAAGGUCUUUUCGCCAUCCUUGGUGCUGCCUCCUUCCUUGGUGGCACUAUGAGAAUGACAGUUUCGCUUUGUGUCAUACUGCUAGAACUUACUAAUGAUCUAUUAUUGCUCCCACUGGUGAUGUUAGUUCUCCUAAUUUCGAAAACCGUGGCCGACUGCUUCAACAAGGGAGUCUAUGAUCAAAUUGUGAGAAUGAAGGGUUUGCCCUACAUGGAGUCCCAUGCAGAACCAUACAUGAGGCAUUUGGUUGCAAGCGAUGUAGUUUCUGGUCCUUUAGUCACCUUUUCUGGUGUUGAAAAAGUGGGGAAUAUAUACCAUGCUUUGAAGAAGACAAGUCAUAAUGGGUUCCCUGUGAUUGAUGAGCCACCAUUCACGACCGCACCUGAAUUAUGUGGGCUGGUUUUGAGGUCUCAUUUACUCGUUUUGCUUAAAGGAAAGAAGUUUACAAAGCAGAGGGCGUUGGUGGGAUCAGAAAUGACGAGGAGAUUUAAAGCACACGAUUUUGCAAAAGCAGGAUCAGGCAAGGGGAUCAAACUAGAGGAUUUGGAUAUAAAGGAGGAGGAGAUGGAGCUGUACGUCGACCUCCAUCCCAUCACCAACACAUCACCUUAUACAGUGGUGGAAACAAUGUCUCUAGCCAAAGCUGCACUCCUCUUCCGGGAGCUUGGCCUCAGGCACCUGUGCGUUGUGCCAAAGACACCAGGGAGGCCUCCAAUUGUUGGAAUUCUGACACGGCACGACUUCAUGCCGGAGCACGUGCUGGGAAUCUACCCUCAAUUUAACCACCACAAGUAGAGCAAGAAGGCCCCGUUUGCUCUGCUCAAUCUUCUUCCAUUUUUUUUAUUUUUAUUUUUUAUUUUGUUCUUGAAGUUGAAAGCGGGGCGUUUAAGGGGAAAGCAAAUUUGAUUCAAAGAAACAAAAACAAUGGAGUCUGCUCAGACUCGGAUCUGCAGUUGCUUUGUACAGUCUGUAUUACUCUCUAUUCAAAUGCCAUUAUAUACAACAGAGUUUGGUUAAAUCUGGAUUCUAUCAAACUCUGCUGCCAUUGGAAAUGUGUUGGGCUCGACUCUUGUAAUGUUUUUGAAAAAUAAAGAAAUAAUAGAAUAUUUUCUAAACUAAA